GAUAUCAAAUCAGAAACAGCUGAAGAACCAGCCGGAGAACAAGUCCUUCAAGUCCUUUUUUUUAUUUUUGUUGAGCGACAAUUGUGUUUUGUGAAAUCCGAUUACAAAUGGCUAGAAAAGUGAAUUUGAUAUGCCUCGUUCUCAUCGCCGUGGUGGCCGUGGGCUGGGCUUCGAGUCCCACAACCACACUGCCCACUCCCACGAAAACAACUCAGAGGACGGCCAUGACCUCUGACCCGGAUAAGGAUAUGAAGAGCACCGACAAGCGGGACAAACGGCAAUUGACCUCCAAUGUCGGACAGGGAAACGUAGCCGGAGCUGGUGGCAACUUUCCCAUUUUCUUCGACGGACUGAACGUGCAACAGCCUCUACAGCCCUUGCAACCGCUGCAGCCCCUGCAACCGCUGCCGCCGCUCCAGCAGCUGCAGCCGCUCCAGCCCAUCACCGUGGUGACGCCAGUGGCCUCCAGCUCCAACGCCCAGAGCGGACAGCAGCAGCCCGGUGGCAGCUGGGUGCCCUCCUUCGGCCAGAACCUGCCCAUCAUCGGAACUCUGGUGGGCAGUCUGCCCAACCUGAUCAGUGGCCUGGGACUGGGCUCCUUGAACGGCGGAUUCGGAACCCUGGGUGGCCUCAAUCUGGGCAACCUGGGACUGGGCGCUGUGACUCCGGUGGUGGCGACGCCUGUCCAGGUGCCGGGCAACUCGCAGAGCUCCCAGGGCAGCUGUCCGCUCACCCAGAAGCUCUCCUGCCGCUGCGAGCCGCUCAUCCAGAUCCCGGGACUCAAGCCCACCACGAAUCCCCUGAGAUCCCAGCUGGUGCAGAUUGUGCGACAAAAUGCCCGCAAAAAUGUGGACGGAUCGCAGGAGGUUCGAGUGAUCCUGAGCACUGGCCAGGUGGUCUACCAGCGAACUAGGAAGGAUCUCAGCCAGGAUGGGUACUAUUCGAUGAGGAUUCAGGGAGGAAGGUACUUCACCAUCUACUACAAUGUCAACGACAAGGACUACACGGUGCGGGCCGAUGUGAAGGACACAGCGCCCACCUCUGACUUCGAUGAUGAGCUGAGUGGUCAGCUUUGAAUCAGGUUCUGAGCUCCAAGGACCAACGAGUCUGAGCUCCAAGGACCAACGAGUCUGAGCUCCAAGGACCAACCAGUCGGAGCUCGAAGGACCAAAAAGUCAAUGCUCCAAGUCCAGAUGAUUUAAACUACAAUCGAUUGUGUCCCACAUGCUCUCCACUCCCACUCUCAAUCCCCAUUAUAAUAUUAAUCUUUUUUUUAAUGUAAAAACUUUUUUUUUUUUAGCGAAACAACUACAAACUAGUUGGGAAAGAAAUAAACAACAAUGAAACACA